AUGGUAUUUCUUUUUCAAAGACUUGAUAGUUUUUUUUCUUUCUUUUCUUCUUUCCUUCCUUCUUUUCUGUUUCUUUUCUUCUUUCCUUCCUUCUUUUCUGUUUCUUUUCUUCUUUCCUUCCUUCUUUUCUGUUUCUUUUCUUCUUUCCUUCCUUCUUUUCUGUUUCUUUUCUUCUUUCCUUCCUUCUUUUCUGUUUCUUUUCUUCUUUCCUUCCUUCUUUUCUGUUUCUUUUCUUCUUUCCUUCCUUCUUUUCUGUUUCUUUUCUUCUUUCUUUCUUUCCUUCCUUAUUUUGUUCCUUAUUGUCUUUUCUUCUUUCUUUCUUUCCUUUCUUAUUUUGUUUCUUUUCUUCUUUCUUUCUUUCCUUUCUUAUUUUGUUUCUUUUCUUCUUUCUUUCUUUCCUUUCUUAUUUUGUUUCUUUUCUUCUUUCUUUCUUUCCUUUCUUAUUUUGUUUCUUUUCUUCUUUCUUUCUUUCCUUCCUUCCUUAUUUUGUUUCUUUUCUUCUUUUCUGUUUUUCUUCUUUCUUUUUCUGUUUUUCUUCUUUCUUUUCUGUUUUUCUUCUUUCUUUUCUGUUUUUCUUUCUUUUCUGUUUCUUUUAUUUCUUUUAUUUCUUUUCUUCUUUUCUGUUUCUUUUAUUUCUUUUCUUCUUUUCUGUUUCUUUUAUUUCUUUUCUUCUUUUCUGUUUCUUUUAUUUCUUUUCUUUUUGUUCUUUCUUUUUUCUUUUUCUCUUUUUGUUCUUUCUUUUUCUCUUUUCUUCUUUCCUUCCUUUUUCUUCUUUCUUUACUUCCUUUUUUUCUCUUUCUUUCUUUUUUAUUAUUUUUUUUCUUUUUCUUGCUUUCCUUCUUUUAA